UGACUUUGCAUUUCCGGGGGAGAGAAAUGUAUGUAAACAAUACAUAUCUCUCCCCUGUCAGCACCUGCACAUUGCUUUGUAUUGCAGAGCAAUCCAAAGCACUGUGCUGGCACAGUAAAGCACACACACAGCAAACUGUAAAACAGCACACACAGUUAACCCUUUGAUCGCCCCAGAUGGUAACCCCUUCCUACCCAGUGCCAUUAGUACAGUGUCACUGUAUUGGUGUCACUGGGGAUGUCAGUGACAGUUAGUCAGUCCACCCCCCCCCCCCAGUGUCAGAAUGCCCACCGCCGCCAUUACUGGUAUAA